UCUACAGAUAUGUGGGGAUCAUCCCCAGACUCUGGUCCAGAAACAUAAGCCAACACCAGCACAGACAGGCAGACAGAUCACUUCAACUGUGGAGACUGGCAGCGUGCUGUCCAAACACCCAGCCUGACGCACGGAGACGGACAGACAGACGGACAGUCUGAUGCCAACUGUCUCCACUGUCAAUCUCACGGCACCACUCCUCCUCCUGUUGCUAUGGGCAACCCACCCCACCAUGGCAACCAACUGGCUCUCCCUGGCGAGGCUGCCUCGCUCCAGGCCCGUGUCCGGUGCUGCCCCAUGUGCGCGGCUGAGGGGGCUGACCCCAGGGCAGGUGGGGGUGUGCAGGGCGCGAGGGGAGGUCAUGGAGUCCGUACGCAAGGCAGCCGAGAUGGUCAUAGAAGAGUGCCAGCACCAGUUCAGGAAUCGGCGCUGGAACUGUUCCACCACCCCACGUGGGAUCAAUGUAUUCGGCAGAGUCAUGAACCAAGGGACUCGUGAGGCGGCCUUUGUGCAUGCUCUGUCCUCAGCGGCCGUGGCAGUGGCUGUGACCCGUGCCUGCACCCGAGGGGAGCUGGAGAGGUGUGGCUGUGACAGGAAGGUCAGGGGGGUCAGCCCCGAGGGUUUCCAGUGGUCAGGGUGCAGCGACAACCUGUCCUACGGUGUGGCAUUCUCCCAAACAUUUGUGGAUGAACCAGAACGAGCCAAGGGGCUGUCAGCAGGGCGACCACUCAUGAACCUCCAUAACAACGAGGCUGGUCGAAAGGCUAUCCUUCACAACAUGCAGGUGGAGUGUAAGUGUCAUGGCGUCUCUGGCUCCUGUGAGUUGAGGACCUGCUGGAAGGUUAUGCCUCCAUUCAGGCGCGUCGGUGUUGUGCUCAAGGAACGCUUUGAUGGAGCCACAGAGGUUCGCCUAACUCGUAUAGGAUCCAGGACAGCCCUGCUCCCCCGUGACCCCCAGGUCAAACCCCCUGCUGCCAGAGACCUUCUGUACCUUGCACCCUCCCCAGAUUUCUGCCAUCUUGACCCUGACAACGGUAUCCCCGGGACUGCUGGUAGGAAAUGCAACGGAACCUCUCGGCUGGCACCAGAUGGCUGUGAACUGGUGUGCUGCGGGCCGGGGUACAGAGCGGGCCGGGCAGAGGUGGUGCAACGCUGCUCCUGCAAGUUUUCAUGGUGCUGCUCAGUCCGCUGCCAGCAGUGCAAGAACACGGUCACCAUUCACACCUGCAGAGUCUAAGAGGUCCCAAACAAGACCAGACCGCCUGAGCAGAAAGACCUCAACAAACCACUAGACAGACACUCAUGAACUCAAGAUGGGAUAAGGACAACCAUUUUUACCAUAAUUAAUUCAAACCUUAUCUUAAAUUCGGGCCAAAAGUCAACUUAAAUUAGGUUUGAGCACAUGUAACAACAAAUAAUAAUUAAAGCAACAGUAAGUAAGAUACAAACAAGAAUCACCUGGACAGGUGGGCGGGCACAGACAUGCAUGCACACAAACACACAUGAAACAUUUAAUCUCACACUGAACUGACAAAGCUUUUAAAGCUGAACUUAACCAGAACUAACAGGGAAACAUUGCAGCACUACUUUUGUUUUAUGCAAACUAUUGGCGUUGUGUCAUAGACUAGCAGGUCUUUGAACAUUGACUAUAUUUAUGUCUUCCUUCUCUAUUCUGGUUUAUUUAUUUAUAUAUCCAAGUCUUUGCUUCACUUCAGCCUCCAGCAAUGACAUCUUGAAUAGCAAGAAUAACCUCUACUUACAACAGUGUCUGUCUUGUGUUUUGUCCCUCACCUUCAUGUGAAACUCUUCUGUAUGUUCCUGCACAAGCAGUGCUUUUAGGUCUGUUCAAACAAAAUCUAAUAAAUACAGUAGUUUUAUCCUAAAUGUGUUUAUUGAGUUUUUUAUUAUAUAUUAUCAUAUGUGAAAGUUUAAAGGUCCCCUGUGUAGUCUUUGACCACUUGAGGCACUACAGAGCAACAUUAUGAUGAGUGUCUCCCCGUUUUAAUGCUGGGACAUGCUUUUCCAGUCUCUGUGUGUGCCAACAAGCAGGGUUAUAGUUUGUUAUAUUUUUACAGGUUUUUGUAUUACAUUUGUGUUUUCUCUUUUGUGAACUGUAAAGCAGAGAUUGACUUGCCAAGCAUCAGCAAAAGGUGGGAAGGGAAAGGGAAGAGGGCCGCUUGCUGAUGUGAACACAUUUGUUAGGCUUUAAGAAU